AUGAUUUGUUUAUAUCAUAAUGUUCAUAGUCAAGCUCUUGCUGAAAUAUAUGCUCGAAUCGAUGCUAUUUUUUGUAAAAAUUUUCUAACACCAAUUCGAGCUGAAGAAGGUAUAUUAUAUAGAAUAUUAGGACUUUGUGGAAAAUUAUAUACAACAAUUGAUGAUAGUUUAGGUGAUGAAUAUCCUUCAAUGGAUGAAAAUGAUCUUUUAGCAAUUGAUAGAGAAGAUCGUGCAAUUAUGACUGAACAUGAACUUGAAGAUAAACCUGAACGAUUAACUUAUAAAUUAAAUUUUUUUUCUGCAAUUGAACAACGUGCUAAAUAUUUUUUAGAACUCGUGUCUUGGUUGUAUGGUGAUUUUAAUGUUUCUCAUAAACUAAUUGAUACAUGUGAUCCAGGAGAAGAUCUUAAUUAUUUUAAUUCUAGUUCAUCACCUUAUACAUGUUGGGAAACAUUAUCAAAUGCACGAGUUAAUAAUUAUGGUAUACGAAUUGAUUAUAUUUUAUGUGAUGGUAUUAUAUCAAAAUUACAUCUUAUUAAUUGUGAACAUCGAAUUGAAAUUGAAUCAAGUGAUCAUUGUCCAGUUAUUGAUGAAUUUAAUUUUAUAUUAAAAGAUCGUUCAGAAAAAAAAUCACCAUCAAUAUGUACAAAAUUUUGGCCAGAAUUUAAAGGUACACAAAUGAAAUUAAAUCAAUUUAUUGUUAAAACAAAACGUAUACGUAAUGAAGAAAUUACUAUCGAUGAUGAUAAAAAACAACAAGUAGAUGAAAUAACUACAACAAACAAACAAGUUAAUAUAGAAAAUACGGAAGUCGUUUCUUCAUCAAAUAUUGAACCUAAUGAAAAAUCAAAGAAAACAAUAACUACAUGGAAUCAAAUUUUUCGUCCUCCAACACCACCACCACCAUUAUGUUCUGGUCAUAAAGAACGAUGUGUUAUACGUCAAGUUAAAGAUACAUCAUCUGUUAAUUGGGGACGAUAUUUUUAUGUAUGUUCACGUGCUAAUGGUGCUCCAGACAAUUCACAAGUACGAUGUGAUCAUUUCUGA